AUGUCAGAACCACCACCACCACUUUCCUCCGCCAUGGACCCUUUCGAGUUCCUCAAAAUUAAACUCAAUCCCGACGGCUCCCUCACCCGAAACUACGUCAUACCAAUGGUUCCUCCUUGCCCGGCACCCCCUACUUCCGAACCCUCUCUUUCCAUCGACAUCCCCCUCAACGCCGCUGCCAACACCUCUCUCCGCCUCUUCCUCCCGCACCCUCACCCUACCGCAAAACUCCCCCUCCUCUUCUACUUCCACGGCGGCGGCUUCAUCCUCUACCACCCCUCCUCCUCCGUCUUCCACCACUCCUGCGCCGCCCUCGCCGCUUCCCUCCCCGGCGUCAUCGCCUCCGUCGACUACCGCCUCUGCCCCGAACACCGCCUCCCGGCAGCCUACGACGACGCCCACGACGCCCUCCUCUGGGCCCAGUCCCAGGCUCGCAACCCGGCCCAGGCCCAUCCCUGGCUCCGGGACCACGUGGACUUCUCCAAGUGCUUCCUCAUGGGAAGCAGUGCCGGGGGAAACAUCGCCUACUUCGCAGCCCUACGUGCGCUCGACCACGAUCUCUCUCCUCUUAAUAUCCUCGGCCUCAUCAUGAACGUUCCCUAUUUUAGUGGGUCCGACCGCUCCGACUCUGAACUCCGUCUCGUUAACGAUCGCAUUUUGCCGUUACCUGCUAACGACCUCAUGUGGUCCCUCUCGCUGCCCGAGGGCGUGGAUCGAGACCACGUGUACUGCAAUCCGACGGUGGCGGAGGGCGUUCAUGCUGACAAGAUCGGACGGUUACCCGCGUGCUUGAUCAACGGGUACGGCGGAGAUCCCUUGAUAGACAAGCAGAAAAUGUUGGCGAAUAUUUUGGAGGCGCGUGGCGUGCGCAUGGAGAAGAGGUUCGUGGAGGGCGGGUACCACGCCGUGGAAAUCUUUGAGCCGGCUAAGGCCCUCGCUUUGGGUGAAAAUAUUAAGAAUUUUAUUCUCUCUGUUACUUCUCAAUCCUCCAUGUGA